AUGCAUCCUGCACCCAGUCUGUCGGAGUCAUUUCCUAAAGACAGCAAGAGUGAGGAUAGAGGUCAACACGUCUCUCAUCAGCAUGAGCAGCAGCAGCAACAACAGCAGCAAUCACAGUCCGGCGGGCAUCAUCAUCAACCUGCUCAGCAACAACUUCAACCACACCAGGGAGCACACCCCGAGCACGUGCGACAUGGAAGCCUUCCAGCAUCACCAGGCCAGUCGGCGACGCCGAUGAGGAAGGACACGGGCUCAUCCACGUCGACAACUACUACCGAUACGACGACAAUCUCCAAUGUCUCGAAUGACACUAACUCGACGGCUUAUAGCGUAGAAUCGUCACAGUCCAUCUUCUCGGUCAAGGAUGGAUCAGAGAUCUCGCACAAUCGUCGUGCUAGUCGUAGGAGGACGGGACCUUUAUCUGCCCAGCAGAGGGAGAAAGCCGCACUGAUUCGGAAGCUGGGCGCGUGCGCCGACUGCAGAAGGCGGAGGGUUGCUUGUCACCCAAACCAUCAUAAUAUGACGUGGGAAGAUGCUAUGCGGAAAUAUCGCUCCUCCAGCCCUUUGCAGGAGCUGGCGCCCCUGCCUGGUCGCCGGAUCAGCCCCGCGCCAAACCAUGCAGCCCGUGUCAGACAUCACUUCCCCCAAGAUCCUCAAGAGAUGGAAAUUGACUCCACCCCCGCUACUCCUAACAACGCUCAUAAUACGCCAGGGCGGCCACCGCUCAGCGACGCUAGGAUCCGGACGCCUCUUCCGUCAGGCCCGAGGCUGGAGAAGCCCAUCUCCACGUCUCCCCUGGCUGCUGCACCGAACCAUUUCGCACCCCUGCCAAGUAUCGACUCGAUCAAGGUAGAGCUCGAGAAUGCCGCGUCGAGGAUUCUAUCCUCGCCUUACCGCAGUCGCUACAGCAGCGUCUGCGCGCUUCUGAUCUACUGGCAGGAUGAUGAGCACCCCGGUGUGGCAGCCGCGGUAGAAGAAUUGGCCGGGGUCUUUGAUAAGUACUACCAUUUUGCGUACGAGGUGCUCAAGAUUCCGUCGUCCGCGUCGGACGGCUGUACCAACUCGUGGAGGUGGCUCUCGCGGAUAAUCAAUGAUUUCACGGACAAAAGCGACACCAGGGACGUUCUGAAAAUUGUGUACUACAACGGGUAUAGUUACUUGGACGAGCAUAGGGAGAUGGUUCUGGCAAGUUCUCGGGACCGUGCGAAGGCUUCGACUAUUCGAUGGAGCGGUAUACAACAGAUAUUAGAGGAAGCGCGCUCGGACACUCUCAUUGUAAUGGAUGCUGCAUACUUUCCGUCUUCAAAGAUGGUACGGCAGAAGGGAGUGUUGGAGCUCAUUGCGGCCUCAUCCUCGGAAGACUACUUUGACGUGUUGGACCGAAACGGGUUUACGAGAACGCUAGCUGACCAACUCCGAACACGGGCCACCCAACGAUUUCCGAAUCCCCUGUCAGCCGCCGAGCUGCAUUCGAAACUCCUAUCCGUCUACCCCAAGAUCAUCCAAGACAAGCACCCGGAGAAGGGGGUGAUACUAAGCUUCCCUUCGCCGCUGCACAUACAAAUCUCGGGUUACUCGAGGUUACCUUCGAUUACGUUAUCUCCACCGCAACCACCUCGGGCGCUGUACCCCGAGAACCCUCAUGGCCCUCAGUUGACAUUCUCGAUGCGGUUGACCGAGGACGUGGUCAACCUUGAGAGCUGGGCCGAAUGGCUUCGUAUGAUGCCGGAUGGGAUCAGAGACGUCAAAGUCGAAGGUCCAUACACAACUACGUUUAGGUGA